UGGUCUCCAAAUGAUGGGGUUUACAUAUUGGCUAGUAUUAAUGAAGUAAGAUUAGAAAAAAAUAGUUAACUUAAGGUUGUACGAUAUGGUAAGACUGCUUCAUCAUUUUAAUUAAAAAGAAAACAUGUAAAUUUAUAUUCACCAGUAAAUUUAGCUAAACAAAGAAACAAUCGCACAGAAAAGAAAAUUAAAGCAUAUUUUUUUCAAUACUAAAAUUAGUCACCACUGGACCUCACUGUAUGACUAUUAAAAUUUAUAAUCAAGUUCCGAAUACCUGAAAAGUGCAACAACAGUUUAUUGUACAGUUAAAUUUAUAUUUAAUAAGUAAAACUUAUUACAAUAUAAAAGAAUUAAUAAACGAGAAGUAACAAAUUGAAAAUCAUAAACAAUAAAAUGAAAUAUAUUAAUAACAAUAAUUUACAGAAACAAAAUAUGUAAAUAAUAUAAGGUUUAAUGAGAUAAAAAAUGUAAUAGGUGAUCAAUUAAUGUAUUAAGAAAAUGUCAAAUACAUAGAUUAUCUAAUUAACUAGAUUAUUAGGUUUUAAUUAUUAUUUUUAAGUAAUCUUUACUUAAAACUAAUAAUUAAAACCUAAUAGCAGCAAUAAAGCAAUAAUUGCUCCCUAGUCAGUGGCUGACUUCUGCCCUGGAUGUAAAAAGUUGUUGAUUCGGACCUUUUGCCGCCUCCAGCCUAAGAUAAGGUUAUUUUAUGAUUGCUGCACCCCUAAAGGGCGUACCCAAAAUAUUUAUUUAUAACAUCUUUCACAUAUGUCACAUUGCAUAAAUUGAAAUUAGUUACGAACGAGAAACUAAUAAGCUCUUAUUUCACUUGCUUAGAUACCAUACAUACAUGCCAAUACUUCGAGCAAAAACUUUUCGUAUCCAUAGUAGAUGAGCUCGAAUUGUCUCUUGUAUUUCAAAUAUAAUAAUAUUGUAUUAGGACAUUAUUUUUUACAGAAAAUCACUUUCGUAAUGUUCCUGGUCAUUGGCACUGUGUGCUGCUUAGCAUAUGAGAAGAGAAUCAAAGUGGACCCGUUUCGACCUGUCCCUCCCACGAACCCUGAUCGCGAGACCAGCCUCUUUCUAUUGCGGACCUUGAAAGAUCCAGAAAGAUUCAACACCUUCAUAGCAGUGUCCAACCUAACGAACACGUCUACAGGUCAAUUACCGACAGGCCAAAUACCGGUAGGUCAAAUAGCGACUGGCCAAAUACCAACACUGUAAUUAAUAUUGUACUAUUAUAUAAUUAUAUAGUUUUUUUUUAAAUUAUUGCGUCGUUAAAAUUCGCUGCCCUAACAGCUCACAACUACCUCUUUAUAAGAGCAGAUCUUAA